AGAAGAUCAGGAUGAACUCACAAGGCAGAAACUCAGCCAACUCGGCAAAGAAUACGAUUAUAAAAUAUGACGAAUUGCGCAAACUCGUAAAUAAUGGCAGUGUUAAAUUGAUUGAUGUACGCAGUCACGACGAGGUGAACAAUUCGGGAAAGAUCGGACAAUCAACCGUUAUUCCAGUCGCAACCAUUAAAGAAGCACUACAGCUACCCGAGGAUGAAUUUACACGUAAAUACGGAGUACCAAAACCCAGUACGGAAGAUGAAGAACUUGUAUUCACGUGUGCGUCUGGCCGACGGAGCAGGGCCGCCUGGGAAAUAGCACAAGGACUGGGAUACGUCAAGUGAGUUAUAAUUAAGCAUU